CUCGACAUGUGUGUGCUUUUAUCCGAUCCUCAUCGUUCUUUUCCUCUUUGAUCAGAGAAAAAAAAAUAAAAAAAUAAAAAAAAAAUAGAGAAAAAAUCAUUUGGGUUUGUGGAUUCGUAAGAGAUGAAGGUGACGGUGGUUUCUCGCAGUGGUAAAGAGAUUAUCAAGGGCGGGAUCGAGCUCAAUGAUGCCGCCACUGUAGCGGAACUGCAAGAGGCAAUUUAUUCACGAACCAAAAAGUACUAUCCUUCAAGACAGCGGCUUACCCUCCCGGUCCAACCCGGAACCUCUACAAAACCCGUAGUCCUUAAUCCAAAGGCAAACUUAUCUGAGUACUGCGAAAAGAACUCGACCAAUCUUACUGUGGUAUUCAAAGAUUUGGGCCCACAGGUCUCAUACAGAACUCUUUUCUUCUUUGAGUACUUGGGCCCGCUAGUCAUCUACCCUAUAUUUUACUACUUCCCAGUGUACAAAUACUUCGGAUAUGGGACCGAACGGACCAUCCACCCCGUCCAGACCUACGCCCUGUACUACUGGUGUUUCCACUACGCCAAAAGAAUAUUGGAGACAUUUUUUGUGCACAGAUUCAGCCACGCAACUUCACCGUUAUCGAAUGUCUUUAGAAACUGUGCCUAUUAUUGGACUUUUGGGGCUUAUAUCGCUUAUUAUGUUAACCACCCUCUGUACACUCCCGUAAGUGAUUUACAGAUGAAGAUCGGAUUUGCCUUUGGGUUGAUUUGCCAAUUAUGCAACUUCUAUUGCCAUAUUAUAUUGAGGAACCUUAGAAGCCCCAGUGGCAAUGGCGGAUACCAAAUUCCUCGUGGAUUUUUGUUCAAUAUAGUGACAUGUGCGAAUUAUACAACAGAGAUUUAUCAGUGGCUAGGGUUUAACAUUGCUACACAAACGGCAGCAGGGUAUGUUUUCCUUGUUGUGGCGGCACUUAUUAUGACCAACUGGGCCCUCGCAAAGCACCGCCGGCUGAAAAAGUUAUUUGAUGGGAAAGAUGGGCGACCAAAGUAUCCUCGGCGUUGGGUUAUUCUUCCCCCAUUCCUCUAAGAAGCUUGGCUUAUCUGCAUUGGCUUCUCUACGUAGCUCGAUCCAUUCUGCUGUAGCUGUAACCGUUUCUGCUCGUUUGCUAAACACUUCAAACUUAAUGUGUUCCAGCCAAUUAGAUUUGCUUCUCAAGUGUAACUUUCAGUUGUAUGGAACUUUAGAGUUACUUAUUUCUGUCAACAAACUUCUCAUUUUUAUUUGGAUUUCUAAGCUUGAUGGUGGAGUAAUCUUGUUGAGUACGUAUUGCGCUUGAUUUCUAAGCGUGAUUUCUAA